UUUUCCAGACGAAGUGAUAAUGAUUCCGACGCGAAGCGGCAACAAGUGCCUACUGAUGCUAGAAGGCUACACGUACUCGCAGAUCAACGAGACCCCGCACUGGUGCUGCUCGUCCAAGUGGCGUGGCUGUAAGGCUCGUCUGAGACGCAACGGCGACGUCGUUCUGCGCAUACAUACCGAACACACGCACCCGCCUCCUAAAUAUGUAACGUCCAAUUCAUACCGACGGAGAAAGGCAAAUACAUUCUGGUGCUACGUGGAUACACGUACUCGCAGAUCGGCGGGCGUUUCUUCUACUGCUCGUCCAAACACAUGGGCUGCCGCGCCCGCGUGCGCCUCUCCAGCGGCAAGCUGGUGGCCUCCGGCGACAAGCACAACCACGUGCCACCGUCCCACGCACGCUGCGGCAAUGGCGCCUUCGUCCAACUGCGCCCCCGCGCGCUCCUCGCUCCGUCCUCCACUUCCACGGCCACCGCCACCUCCAGUCUCCUCGCCACAGCUGCUGCACUCCUUCCUUCCCCCCUCACGUCGUCCCGGGCAACCUCCCUCGCCCUUCCCUUGAACUUCCCCAGAAUACUCCCUAGAACCGACCUCUGGCUCCGACCCCCCAACCCUGAAGAAAAGAAAGAUCAAUAGAAUAAACAGAUCAAAUAAACAGUGAUACAUUUAUAAUGAGCAAUAAUUUAUGACUAUCCCGUGAGAUAUUAUAUAAGUCCAGUUAUACAUUAGGUAUAUGAAAUGAUUAUUAUUGAUAUAUUUAGACAUUAGCUAACUUUUAAUUGUUGAUCUCUAAUUAUCUCAAAAUCUAUGUAUAUUUCGAAAAUGUGUUAAGCUACGCUUAGUGAUACUUUUUACUCAAC